AUGGGAUAUAAGAUAUAUUCUAACUCUGACUUAGUUCAAACAGUAACAUGGGCAAACUAUGAAUGGUUCGCUUUGAGAAACUCAGUACAACCACAAGCUAGAGAACAAACAGACCAGUAUGCAACUAUUGAGAAAAUAAGAAGACUUGACCCUAACGUUCCAGGAGUUUAUGUUGACCUUUCUGGACAAACUGCAGCAGCAGUAACCAAAGUAAAACUGAAACUUAGAGUUCCUUUGUCAUCUUUCCUCAUCUUCAGGUUUUUAAGAUACUUGCCAAACUGGGCAGGAAAAAUUUCUAUCGAACUUACUCCAAGCAAAAAUAACUUAGUCAUUGCACCAACACAAGACCCAUUCACUCUUACAGACGUAAAGGGAACAAAUCAAACGUCAUUCGCCGAAUUUUGCAAAGACAAAGUUGACUUAGACUUUGGUUUCUCAAACUUCAACACUGAAGUAAACUAUUAUUUCAAUGCUGCUGGAACUGCUUGGGACCCAGUUAAGUUUACAUGCGAAAAGUUUGAAUGCAAGAGAAUAGAAAGCAGACUUGCAGUCUAUAUGUUGGACCCAGAUAUUUCAAAUGCUUUAGCUGCCAAAUAUAUUGCAGUUCCACUUAUGUUCCCUAUACACCAAAUAUCCGUCAAAGACUUUGCAGGUGAAGUUGGAAACCAAAGUGCUGACCCAGGUGCAAGAACAGAUAUUGCUUUAACAACUGCAAUGAAACAUGCAGAUACUAUGUUUGUACUGUUCAGACGAACUAUAAAUGACUAUUCUUGUUUCUACAACCCCGGUAUUAAAUAUCAUAUAAACAUAGAUGGCAAAUAUUAUCCAAGAGAAGAAUAUUCUACAGUUGAGGAUAUGAGGUCAUACAACUUGACAUUAGAUGCUAUGAACUUUAACAACAACUUCACAACAACCAUUAACCCUGAAAUGCAAAGUUCUAUUAUGCCAUAUGUGAAAGUAUGG